AUGCGUUCCGCCUUUGCUCUUGGUUCAUGGGUGGCGGCGCUCGUGCUCGUUUUCCCCUGUGUCGAUGCUGCAGGAGGCAACCGUGCCCAAUACGACGGGCUCGAUCUUAACCUGAGGCUGGGGCCUCCAUCAGCUUCAUCGAACCGAGUUCUCGACGAAGGCACGACUUCCAUUGCACCAGACGGCGAUGCCUCGUCGUCCCGGUCGUCAACUGUAUCGGACCGCAGCAGAGGCUUCGACCUGAACGAUCCAUACCACCGCACGUUUUCUAGUGUCGGCUCCUCACAACAUCCUGAGCGAGCAUUCCAAGGCCAGAGCGCAGCCGUGUCGGCCCAGGGAGGAGGCGUGGACAUGGCCAAUGCCGCAGUGCAAAGGCACGUGUCUGGAACUUGGCUGCAAUACCGACGCGGUCACUUUGGCAAAGAACGCCUGCCCAUCAUCUCCUCCGACGGCAAGCUCGAUCCUCAAGGCGCAAUGCAAUUCCAGGAGCGCAUCCGCGAUCUCCAGGCGACCAAGAGCCUUAUUUUGCAGGCGCACAAGUGGCGCUUGACGGAAGAGGAGCUCGUGACGGCACGUCGACGCUUCCACAACUGGCAAGCCAUCGCUGUGCGUGUGGCACCCCGGGGCCAGCCGGUCAAAGCCUCGUCCAAGAUACGCCAGCAAGCCCUCACGGAUACAGAGCUCAUGAGCAACAUGGAGGCACUCCUUCACCGCAUCGUCUCGUAA